ACUGUGCCAACAAUAUGCCGGUGUUCAUGGAUGCUUACUAGUCUGAGAUUGAAAAUGGGAGCAUAUAUCAUGUAUGCGUGAGUGUGUACAUCUUUGACGCAACUCCAUCGCAGUGCAGGAUAAUUUUCGAUUGCAAAUCAGUGUUCCCAUUUCCCUACAUUAGCAAAGAAACGAGGUUUCAUCACAAUAUUUGGCCGUGAACUAUUGGAGUGCCAUCCUCGUCUUCGUUAUUCUUGUUUCGUAUUAUUUUAGGAUUUGGCCUCGCUGAUCGUCGAAGACUGUACGUGCAGGUAUAGGAGGAGGAGGAUGCGAUGCGAUGCAAUGACCUGGCCUGCUGAUCGGAUCGAAGUAACCUUCCGAUAUUGAAGCGCCAAAAUUGUUUACAAGAGUUCCCCUUGAGGAAUGCUUUCUAUAUGUAAAUGAGGAAAAACAUACACAUCUAUUUAGGAUUACUUAUACGAUCAUGAGAGGUAGCCAUGAGUAAGGUACACCCAUGUCCCAACACCUGGGUUUUGGCUAUCGUCGGAUUAUUUCUCAUUGUCUAUUGUAUCUUAAUCGUAGUAGGCAACCUAUUGGUUUGCAUAGCAAUAAUCAGAUUCAAAAAGCUACGAAAAAAGGCAAACUUCUUGUUAGUUUCGCUUUCCGUUUCUGAUUUAUGUAUCGGUGUGUUUAUACUUCCGGUUUACAUAGUAACGACUAUACUGUGCUAUUGGCCUAUAGAUAGCAUCUGUUUCGUUUUCAUGGCAUUGGAUAUAUCACUGUGUACUGCAAGUCUUUUGCACAUCUGCGCAAUAGCCGUGGACCGCUACAUCGCCGUCGCGCAUCCAUUACGACACCAUACGUGCAUGACGUCAACAAAGGUGGGGCUUUUGAUUGGUGCAGUCUGGCUAGUGUCCUUGACCUUAUUCUUUUACACAGCUUACAAGAGUCACAGAGUUGCUGCCCACCAAGCCGAAGCGCAGUUCCAGCAUCCAGGCGAGUGUGUCAACCCGUGGAUUAAACAUGAAUUCCUUAUCGUAUCAAUUUUAGUAUUCCAUAUACCACUGAUCAUAACAGUUGGUUUGUAUCUAAACAUCGUCUGUGUAAUUCGGAGAAACAUCAGAAGUGUCUUUUCUGUUUCAAGAUCAUUGGAAGACGCGGGGACGCAAAAUUAUAACGGACAGACGACGUGCCUCACUGGCAGCAAGGACCCACGUGUCACCAGGUUACAUAAAGAUCGUAAGACUCUCCGGAUUAUUGGGUUCGUCCUCGGCGCGUUCACCAUCUGCUGGCUCCCAUUCUUCGUGGUGACCACCAUUGAGUUCUAUACGCAGAGCUUCAUCUAUUGGCUGAAUAUGUUAGUGACCAUCAUGGGAUACGUCAACUCUGGGAUUAAUCCACUGAUAUACUCGUCGACUAAACGAUUUAGGGUUGCAUUUAUGUCCAUGUUGAAAUGCGAAACGCGAACGCCAGCUUCGACAUUGAGAACGACACAAUUUGGCCAGAGACAAGUGUACAGCCGCGUAACAAACAUUCACCUGGAUGGUUCACGAAUGAAAUUUUCGAGGAAAAAUUUGAUGAGGGAUCGAGAGAAUGUUAACAGGGUCACUGGUGUAAAAAGAUAUUUAUACUGAUAUAUUCUUGGUUGAGGGACAGUUAAGCAGGUCACCAGGAAGGUCAAUAAAACAAGUGGUCGUUGCACUUAUCGUUCUAAAUCCUCUGUUUUAGGGUGGC